UGUUCGUUGUGAGUUGUUGUUACCACAACUAUGGCACGUACCAAGCAAACGGCUCGCAAGUCCACUGGUGGCAAGGCGCCCCGCAAGCAGCUUGCUACAAAGGCAGCUCGCAAGUCUGCUCCAGCCACUGGAGGUGUCAAGAAACCCCACCGUUACAGGCCUGGAACCGUUGCUCUCCGUGAGAUCCGCCGUUAUCAGAAGAGCACUGAGCUGCUUAUCAGGAAACUGCCUUUCCAGCGCCUGGUGCGUGAAAUUGCUCAGGAUUUCAAGACUGACCUCCGCUUCCAGUCCUCUGCUGUCAUGGCUCUCCAGGAAGCUUCCGAGGCUUACCUCGUGGGUCUGUUUGAGGAUACCAACCUGUGCGCCAUCCAUGCCAAGCGCGUGACUAUCAUGCCAAAGGACAUCCAACUGGCUCGUCGCAUCCGUGGCAGCUGGGCUACACCACCCCUUGCCGGGGGAGGGGGCCGGCCACGGGAAGCCUCCUUGCUUCUCACUACCGAGCUCAACGGCUCCCACGACCCGGCAACUCAGGGCGCAGUGCAAAGGAAGAACGACCCCAUUAUCCCCAUACCUUGGCAAGUUGUUGGCUGUGAAGGUUGCGUUGAGCUCAGCUUCAAAGCAUCCAGGCUCAGAGAUGUUCAUAAUGUGGGCAUGAAGCAUACAAGAGUAUAUUUUGAGGUGAAGGUCCUUGUCUAUACAACUAUGGCACGUACCAAGCAAACGGCUCGCAAGUCCACUGGUGGCAAGGCGCCCCGCAAGCAGCUUGCUACAAAGGCAGCUCGCAAGUCUGCUCCAGCCACAGGAGGUGUCAAGAAACCCCACCGUUACAGGCCUGGAACCGUUGCUCUCCGUGAGAUCCGCCGUUAUCAGAAGAGCACUGAGCUGCUUAUCAGGAAACUGCCUUUCCAGCGCCUGGUGCGUGAAAUUGCUCAGGAUUUCAAGACUGACCUCCGCUUCCAGUCCUCUGCUGUCAUGGCUCUCCAGGAAGCUUCCGAGGCUUACCUCGUGGGUCUGUUUGAGGAUACCAACCUGUGCGCCAUCCAUGCCAAGCGCGUGACUAUCAUGCCAAAGGACAUCCAACUGGCUCGUCGCAUCCGUGGCGAGCGUGCCUAAGAAGUCAUCCACGAAUGAUCUUCAUAACAGCAAUAUCUAGGCCCUUUUUAGGGCCAAACAUCUCUUUCAUUAAAGAAUUUUCAUAGACAAUCUGUUUGGUUUUGUGGAAGAAAAUAUUUAUUUUCCAUCUUUCAG